AUGCAGGCCCGCGAGGCAGGAUCGGGCGCGCUGGACGCGCAUCCCUGCGGCGGCGCUGAGUGGCAACCUAGCGGCGGGGCCGCGGCAGGCCCAGAAUAUGCAAACACGGCUUGGAGCGGGCCCGGCGAGCUCUUGCCGGCGGCCCCGGGCGCCGCGUGCGCUGAGGCUGCGAGCGGUCUUGGGGCCCCCCAUGCGGCCGCCCUGAUCGACACGGGCGGCCCCGGCCACCACGGCUACCCGGCCCAGCCUCAGGGCCCCCCCGCCGCGCUGGCGGCGGCGCUGCAGCAGCUGUACGCCAGCGGCGCGAUCGGGCUGAUCGGCGCGCUGGGCGGCAGCGCAGCCGCGGCCGCGGCUGCGGGCGCGGCGCGCCAGCCCAGCACGAGCGCCAGCGGCGGCAGCAACGCGUCGCACUUUGCGCUGGCGCUGCCCCACCGGGUCCUUCGCCCGACGCACCUGCAGGCUCAGCCACACCCGUCGGCCUCGCAGUUACCCCAAUACGAGUAUCACGCCAGCCACAGCAUGUUCAUCCACGGCGGCUGCGCCUUUUCGCGCCCAGCGGCGCCCGCGCCCGCACCGCACCAGGCCCCGCAGCCGCAGCCGCAACCAGAGGCUGCUGCAGCCGCCACCGCUGCUUCGGGCGGCCAGCAGAGCGGGGGCGGCAAGCGCGCCGCGCCCGAGCCCGCUGCUGACGCUGAUGGCAGCGGGGGGACCGGCGGCAGCGGUGGCAGCGGAGGCAGGGAGGGCAGCGGGGGCAGCGGGGCGGACGUGUCUCGACCAAGCCAGGACGGCGGCUCCAACACGCCGGGGCCGGACGCCUCGUCCCUGGCAGUCCACGCGCUGCCUGCUGACCUGGCGCACCUGCGCAAGCGGAUCAAGAUCAUCCAGCCAAUCUCAUCCGCCUGGCAGGAGGAGGCGCUGAGGGCCAGCACCGGCGCGGGCGACGGCGCCGGCACC